GAGAAGAAUCACCCAAAGCAGGGAAAAGUGGGAAAAGUUCAAAAGAAGGACAAGACAUAAUAGAAUCAGAGAUUCCCAGCAGGAAAAACAGCCUUGUUGCUGCCCCGUCUGCAGCAUCUAGUAAAAUAAAAGUGCCAGUCCCUCAGCCUGCAGAGAAGAAAGACAGACGGCAAAGUUCUUCCAGGUUUAGCGCCAGCAAUAACAGAGAACUUCAAAAACUACCGUCUUUAAAAGAUGUUCCUCCUGCUGAUCAAGAGAAGCUUUUUAUCCAGAAGCUACGUCAGUGUUGUGUCCUCUUUGACUUUGUUUCCGAUCCACUAAGUGACCUAAAGUGGAAGGAAGUGAAACGAGCUGCUUUAAGUGAAAUGGUGGAAUACAUCACCCACAACCGGAAUGUCAUCACAGAGCCUGUUUACCCAGAAGUGGUCCACAUGUUUGCAGUUAACAUGUUUCGAACGUUGCCACCUUCCUCCAACCCAACGGGAGCAGAAUUUGACCCAGAGGAAGACGAGCCAACGUUAGAAGCAGCCUGGCCUCACCUCCAGCUUGUUUAUGAAUUUUUCUUAAGAUUUUUAGAGUCUCCAGAUUUCCAGCCUAAUAUAGCGAAGAAAUAUAUUGAUCAGAAGUUUGUGUUGCAGCUUCUAGAACUGUUCGACAGUGAAGACCCGAGAGAGAGAGACUUUCUUAAAACCACCCUUCACAGAAUCUAUGGGAAAUUCUUAGGCUUAAGAGCUUACAUCAGAAAACAGAUAAAUAAUAUAUUUUAUAGAUUUAUUUAUGAAACAGAGCAUCACAACGGCAUAGCAGAGUUACUGGAAAUACUGGGAAGUAUAAUUAAUGGAUUUGCCUUACCACUAAAAGAAGAGCACAAGAUUUUCUUACUGAAGGUGUUAUUACCUUUGCACAAAGUGAAGUCUCUGAGCGUCUACCAUCCCCAGCUGGCAUACUGUGUCGUGCAGUUUCUAGAAAAGGACAGCACCCUCACUGAACCAGUGGUCAUGGCGCUUCUCAAGUACUGGCCCAAGACUCACAGUCCAAAGGAGGUCAUGUUCCUGAAUGAGCUGGAGGAGAUCCUGGACGUCAUCGAGCCGUCGGAGUUCGUGAAGAUCAUGGAGCCCCUCUUCCGGCAGCUGGCCAAGUGCGUCUCAAGCCCCCACUUCCAGGUGGCGGAGCGCGCACUGUACUACUGGAACAACGAGUACAUCAUGAGCCUGAUCAGCGACAACGCGGCCCGGAUCCUGCCCAUCAUGUUCCCGUCCCUGUACCGCAACUCCAAGACCCACUGGAACAAGACGAUACACGGCUUGAUAUACAAUGCGCUGAAACUCUUCAUGGAGAUGAACCAGAAGCUGUUCGAUGACUGCACCCAGCAGUUCAAAGCAGAGAAACUGAAGCACACAAGGACCCGAAGAAGGACCGGCCCCUGGUGCGCCGCAAGUCCGAGCUGCCUGAGGACCUACACACCAAGAGCGCCCUGGAGGCCCACAGCCGAGCCGAGGACCUGGUGCCCCAGGACGGGCGCUAGCCCCCGCCGCGGCUCUGGUUCCGUAGAACCCCGAGCUCUUCGUGCCAUACCGAUCAGUCACACUCAAAGUCCAGGCUUUCCCCGACCCUGUUCUGUGCGCAAUAACGUCCCUCCGCCUCAGCUCAAGACUAGGAGUUCAAACAAUGGUGACCUCCCGGGGCUGACCCAGGGUCCCGCGACCCUGCACGGCCCCAGAUAAGAUGUGUCCCCAAGGCAGAGCUAAGGAAAGCGCCCGGCUCAGCAUCUUCCCAAACGGAAUUGGUCAUCAUCCCAGACAGGCGGCCCUGUGCUGUAAUACCCCUGUUCUUCGAAUCAAAGGAACACUUUUAAAAAGUAUUACGUGUUUUUAAAGACUUUACAGCCUUUGAGAUUGCAUCCCAGUGGUUGUCACGCCAGCCGUUUCUUUCUGGGUUUGGGGGGGGGUUUGUUUGGGUUUGGGGCUUUUUUGGUUUUUUGGGGGUUUUUCUUUUUUAAUCUCAUUGAAGUGGUUCUUUGCUUCCGUGUUUCUGACACAGCUCACGGGGACGGUGGCGCGGCCACCUCCGCCGCUGCUCCCUGGCUCAGGUCGCUCUGCACCAUGUCCUCCUCCUGGUAGAGCUAAAGCCAUAUCCCCACGUCUGGGUCCCGCGCCCGGACCCCAGGAGCAAGCUCACAGGAGAAAUCUGCUUUAAAAAGAGCUUUCUCUUGCCUGGAAUUGGAGUCUUUCAGUGAUGUUUUCCUGGCUUUGCUUGCAGAAUUUUUUUUUCUCUCUGCUCACGUGUCAUUGCCCUUGAACCAGGCUCUUGGAUUAGUAAAAAUUAUCUUCUCUGAGAAUCCCACACUUUGUAAAAGUUAGGAGGAGAUCAUUUUGAGCGAGGCCAGUCCUGGGCCCAGUGGGCGGAAAGACGCAGAGACGGCACUGCCCCGACCCCUCUCCGCAGCCAGGCUCCCCGAGCUCAGAGGCGGCGGCCGCGGGGGUGGCUUCAAACGAGUCUCUCUCUGUUGAAAAGAGCACACGUUACAGACACCUCAGACAGGAAACACAGUGUCUUGAGUUCUCACCAGUUUUCAGAUGCUGCUGUGUAUUUCAGACUUCCCUGCAUGUAUGGAGUUUUUCGUUUUUGACGGGACAGCACUAGGAGAAGAAUCUCUAAACUCAGCGCUCGGUCUGUUCUGUAUUUCUCUCAGGGUGGCCAGUGUUUUGACUUCUUUCUCCUGCUUGAAAGCGAGCUGAGAUGUGCACCACUCCUCUAACCAUGUGGGUCUAGUUCCCUCUGUCUCCGGCAUAAGAUGCUAUAACUUCACAUUAAAUGUCUUGAUGCAUCAAAGAUAAAACGUGGCUUCUUUUAGGAUCUGUUUUUCAGUCGAGGUCUCGGGAAGCCACUGAAACGUUGUGAAAAGCAGACGUGGUUCCCGGUGCAGCCGUGGUGCCUGACACCCGGUGGUUUCACUGAAAUCCACUGACAAUGUUUAUUUCUUUGUGUCUUGGAGGAAAACAAUUUUGGGCGGGAGGGGGUGGAUUUCUUGUGUUAAGAGCAAGCAGAUAACAAAAAGGCUGCCCCGGCAGAAAGCGGAGAAGCCCGCCAGGUGAGAAGAAACACUUCCUGAGAAACUUGACAAGCACCUGUCCACUUUACCAUUAUGAAAUUUAUCAUUUAAAAGAAGUUUAGAUGCCUUCUCCUUUUGAGGGAAAAAGGGUGCUUUUUAUUGUAUAAAGCAGUGUCUUACGUAUUUUGAUAUACCAUUGUUUGAACUUCCGUCUUUAGCUGAUAGAUUCUCAAAGAUCCUUGACUUGGAUGCUCAGUGUGUUUGGGAGCGAGGUUUCUGGGAAGCCUCUCCUUUGGCCCCGGGGAAAAAGCAAAUUGUCGCUCUUUGGGUGAUGUGUAAAGCUCAACGUAUAAGAACAUCUUUUUGUCUAGGUCUUACUUAUGCUCUUUAUUGAAGACAAACAUUCACCAAAAAGGGGGGGGGAGUUUUGAGAGAAACUAAUUUUCUUUGACAAGAGACACUGUUUACUAUUCUGGCCUUUUACAGGCUCCGGGUCAGUACUCGGAAUCCCUGCGCUAACUGUCCAACUUGCGUAUUAUUAUAUAGAUACACUGUUUAUUCUGCGCCAAACUGAUUUCAGAAGUACUACGUGGAAAAUAAACUGGUGACUGUUUUUCUUCAUAAAGUUCUGCAUUUGGCAUCUUCACUCUUUCCGAAAUGUAUCUGUACAUCAGAAACGUCACUAUUCCAAGUGUCUUUUUAGUGCGGCUUCAGUAUGGUUUCCUUUUAAUAUUGUACAUACAUUGUAUCUUUGUUUUAUGGUAAUGAAUAAUAAAAAUGUAGACUUCAUAUUUUGUACAAAAUGUCCUAUGUACAGAAUAAAAAAAAGUUCAUAGAAACAGCAAAAAUAGGUAAGUGGCAUAAUUAUUUUUCUUUAGAAAAUAUCUGUAACCUGAUGCUUUAGUGAAAUGUUAAGUACUGACAUAUUUUUUAACAUUUUGUAAUUCAGAACUUUUUGUUUUGACACAUUGUUUAUGAAGAGAAACUUCAUACACUUGCCAUUUAAUAUGCUCUUUUAUCUAAUUUAAAAAAAACUCUAAAGAUGGUGUAUUAUACAGACUAAAUAAAGAACAUGUGAAUUUUA